AUGGAAGCGGAAAAAUCGCCCAAGCGUCAUAUCGACCAGAAGGAAGAAGAGUAUCCUCCUCGAAAAUUGGUGUUUCCUGCAAUGGCCGCUCUUUAUCUGACCGUGUUUCUCAUUGCACUUGACAGGACAAUCCUAGGCACAGCAGUUCCUCAAAUUACAGAUGAAUUCAACAGUUUUGGGGAUAUCUCGUGGUACGAAGCGGGCUUUUUACUUCCACUCUGUAUGUUACAGCUAUCCUUCGGACUUGUAUAUACCUUUUAUUCCGCAAAAUGGAUACUCACUGCCCUUGUCAUCGUUUUCGAAACCGGCUCCAUUGUCUGCGCAACCGCACCGAGCUCUAAAGCUUUGAUCGUUGGUCGAGUUAUUACUGGCAUUGGCGGCGCGGGGAUAACCUCCGGGGCGCUCAUCUUGAUCAAUAUUCUUGUUCCACUCAAUUCUCGGCCAAAGUAUUCUGGUGGAAUCGGAGCUAUGUUCGGACUGGCCUCCAUCAUUGGACCCCUCGUGGGAGGAUACUUGACGGCAAUCACUUGGCGAUGGUGCUUCUGGAUUAAUGUCCCCAUCGGCGGCGUCGCAGUCCUCGUGCUCAUUUUUUUGUGCCCGAAUAGACCUCCACCCGCUAUCGCAGCACCAACCCUGCUCGGGAAAGUGAAACAACUGGACCCCAUCGGCUUUUGCUUGAUCGCGCCGGCGAUUGUGUGUCUACUGUUUGCGCUCCAAUGGGGUGGUCAGAAGUAUGCUUGGAGCGAUGGUCGCAUUAUUGCGCUUUUUGUUGUCGCCGGUUUCCUCUGCCUUGCAUUUCUCACAUCGCAGGUCUGGCAGGCGGGCCAGGGAACGAUCCCUUCCAGGAUCACUUCUCAGAGAACUAUGAUUGCUGCAAGUGUAGCGUCCAUUGGUAUUGGCUCUAUAAUGGUCGUUUAUUCAUUUUAUAUACCGGUAUGGUUCCAGGCAAUUCAGGGAAAAUUGCCCCAAAGCGCCGGAUUGUCACUGUUGCCUCUCCUCCUUUCGCAGGUGGUAUUCGUCAUCUUCGGUGGUGUAGCAACGACUGUCUCCGGAUUUUAUACUCCAUUUUUGAUUAUUGGAGGCGCAAUAUCUAUUAUUGGAUCUGGAUUGAUCACAACCUGGGAGGUGCAUACCGGAGCCGGGAAGUGGAUAAGCUAUCAGAUUGUUGCAGGGACUGGGUUCGGGCUCACCCUGCAGCAGCCAAACAUCGCAGCUCAAACUGUUCUUUCCAAAAGCGACGCACCCAUCGGGCUUUCAAUCCUCACUUUUCUGCAAUUCCUUGGGGGGACGAUUUUCGUGACCGUCUGUCAGACUCUACUUCAGACCAAAUUGGUCCAAGGUCUGGAUGGCAAAGUCAAACUAGAUGCCAGUGCCAUUUCCAAUGGAGGAGCCACUACCUUACGGAACGAAGUGUCGAAGGAUCAGCUCGAGUUCGUGUUGAAGGUGUACAAUGAUUCUCUGACUUCAGUAUGGUACCUGACAUUUGGACUUUCGUGCUUGAUAUUUCUCGCAUCCUUUGGAUUUGAAUGGAAGAGUGUGAAGAAAACAGAGAAGAAGGAAGAGGGUCAGAAUGUGGAAGUCUAG